CCAAGCACCAGCGAGACACCACCGCAACCUGAUGGACACCAACACACUCUAACGGUCUCCUCCUGCCUGGAAGACUCUCUGUUACGCGUUUCAGUGGACUGAAGACACUGUGAGUCAAAGUGGAUGUUUAGUAGGAUAUAAAGAAGUUGUUCUGAGAAAGAGGAAGGCUUUAGGGAGAGAAAAGAGGGACGCAGCUUUCCUUUAACUCGGUUCCAGCGCGCAGCACCAUGAGCGUCCCGCUUUACGCACCGACUCCCAUCCAGCCGGCCCACCCGACACCCUUCUACAUCGAGGACAUCCUGGGGAGGACUGCCUCCACCACCUCCCCAUCUUCCUCCUCAUCCUCCUGCUCCACUCCAAUCAUGCCUACACCGACCCUCCCGUCGCCCAACUCCUCCUUCACCAGUCUCAUAUCGCCCUACAGGACCCCGAUUUAUGAACCCACCCCGAUCCACCCGGCGUUGUCUCACCACGCCGCCGCUGCGUUCACCUACGCAUCCGCCGGGGCUUUUGCUGGCUCCAUCUACCCGUUCCACCACCACCACCACCACCACCACCAGCAGCACCACCGCUCCAUGGGGGACUACGCACAGGCGCUGCUGAGGCACGACCCUCUCG